GCACGAACGUGCCUGCGUGGGUCUCGAAUUAAGGCCGAGGAAGGGGGCCCGCCGUGUUACUGUAUUUUGCCCCUUCGAUAGAUCCCCUUUGCCCGUGACGAGUGCGCCAAACAAAUUUCGUUACAAUCACGCUACGAUCAUCGAUGUUCAAAAACCACGUCUUCUGAUUGAUCCGUGUGCCGGCAACACGACUUCCUGGCAUAGCGGCAGGCGCGCCCGUGAUCGGCCCGUUCGCGCUUUUCGACCAGCCUCCCUAAAUCAGGACGUGUGGUGUUGGACGACAGCUACAAAAGUGAAGUGACGUUCCUUAAGGUGUCAGCUGACAGUGCUCUGUGCUGCUAGCGGGGAAUUCGUCUACCGAUUAUCAUCUUUUGACGUACGCCACACGCUGCUCGAGCUGCCCGUCGACACGGUGUUAUGCGAUUGUGCCAUUCACGAAUGCUCCUCACGAACGGCGGCAACUUUGCGGCCUCGCGCCCGCAGCAGAUGCUGGAGUCGCCCCGCCGACACUCUUCCUCGGUGGUGGCAGCGGGCGGCCACGGGAUGCACCACGUGGCGCCGCCGCUGCGCCGCUCCACGUCCUCGGUGACGCCGGUGGUGCUGAGGACGACGUCGCCCAAGCCGCCGUCGUGCCCGCAGCAGGCCGGCAGCCGCAUGGUGCCGAGCAGCGCCGUCAACGGCAACAUGGUCAGCGCGGUGGGAGCGCUGGUCGGAGCCGCGGCGAGGGCGGCCGACCACCGGAAGCUGGACCGGAGCUACAGCGAGCCCGCGGACCGGAGGGCGUCGCUGGCCGGCCCGCCGUCGCCGACGGGCGCCGCGCCGCCCACCAGCCCGCCGUCCGUGGCGGCGGCGCAGAACUCGAGCCGCUACAAGACCGAGCUGUGCCGGCCGUUCGAGGAGAGCGGCACGUGCAAGUACGGCGACAAGUGCCAGUUCGCACACGGCGGCCACGAGCUGCGCACGCUGGCCAGGCACCCAAAGUACAAGACCGAGCUGUGCCGCACCUUCCACACGACGGGGUUCUGCCCGUACGGGCCGCGCUGCCACUUCAUCCACAACUCGGACGAGUCGCGCAAGAGCCUGCUCAACAACAUCAACAGCCAGGCCCAGCGACCCAAGGCGCUGUCGGUGGGCAGCUUCGGCAGCCUCGGCUCGGCGGGCGACCUGUCCCCGCCGUCGAGUCCGCUCUACGACGACCCCUUCUACGCGCCCUCGAGCAACACGGCCUUCUCCUUCUCGCAAGACUUCGCCGCCCUCGUGGCGGCCAACAAGGGCCACCCGGGCUACGGCUUCGGCGGCUCGCAGCCGGCGCUCGCCGCGGCGCUGUCGCCGUUCUCGGCGCUGUCGCUCCCCGAGAGCGCCUUCCCGUUCCCGGCGCUGGCCGCGCAGCAGCGUGUCGUCGAGGGACCCCCGUCGCCCGUCGACUCGCUCGGCUCCGAGCUGGACUCGAUGAGCGUCAGCGCCUCGUCGCCGGCUUCGUGCGGGUCGCCGCUGACCAGGCUGCCCAUCUUCAACAGGCUCGCCAACGCCCGCGACUCCGACUGAGGCGCCGAUCCCUGUGCGGUGGUGCCGCCCCCUACCGAACCCCAGGUCCCUGCCACACCAUUGACACGUGCUACGCGCUGUAGUCAACGAGCCUGAGCUGCAUAAUACGUCUGCCGACCCUAACCGAAGCUUGUACAGCACUGAUGUGAUCGGGGACUCUAAAGUCCCACAUGCUGCCAUUGUUCAUCGGUCACCUUUUUAAGUCUUAAGUUGAUCCACGCAAGAGCACCACUUGGCAGGUUAGUUUCUCUGAAGAUGGAAAUCUUCCGAACCUGCUGCUCUUUUAGCUGCCUCGAGUAUUUUCUGGAAGAAAGCAUUAUCAUGAUCACGUCAAGGAAGUACGUUUUCAUCUAUUUAUUAUUUGUGCUCAUUCACAUGUACCCUCGGGCGUCUUGGCAGUUCGGCUCAGUUUGUGUUCCCCAGCAGGUCUGAAGUGAAAGCAUUUAUUAGUCAUCGACUCAGUUUGCAAGGAUUUGCACACAGUUGUGUUUACUCAAAAGCAAGAGGUAACAAAUGUUCCAGUAGAACUUGCUGGUGGAACACUGGCUUUCUUCACGUUUGGGCAUUUUGGUUUGGCAGUGCGGACCUGGGGCUGCCAUUUCUAUGUUUACUUUGUUUUUUUAAUGUGCAUGUAUAUGCUAAUUUUAUUAUUACAAAUAUUUAAUGGCACACUGCUCAAGUCCUGAGGACCAAGCUUCCUGAAAUGCAAGAGUAGCGAGAAACUCAAGAGACCAACAGAAAAGGAGCAACAAAAUGUCAAUGGUGCUCCUUCUAUAGUCCAAUACACGUUUGCCAUAAUACCUAGCUAUACAUGCCUAUGCUCUCCAAACUGUUAGCAAGAGUGUUGUUCUUUGUGCAGUGAGGAACCUUGUCAGCUAGUUUUGAUACCAGCCUGCUUGUGCAGGGAUAUUGCAUCACGGUGUCUUGAGUUUCAGGUGCACUGUGUGGGCAGUGCCAGAAUAUUUUGUUACAUUAUACGAGUCUGCAUAUGCAGCCUGGUUUUAGUUUUCAUAACUUUUAUUAUGAAAAGAAACGCUUAUGUUCUGGCUGAGCAUCACCACUACUGUGCCUUCUUGUGUUUGGGUAAAGAUAGGCUUACAAACUCUUUUAUUUGUGUGCUACAUAUUUCAGGUUUUACAAACUAUACUGUGUGCUCGUGUUGUUCUCUUUGCCUCUCCAUUCUUUCCUGUAUCUGUCGUAUUUAUUUGAUUUAAUUAUAAUAUUAUUAUAUUAAUUAUAUUAUUAUUAUUAUUAUUAUUAUUCAUUGUACACUGUCAUCGGUUCUGUCAAAUCGUGGUGAGCGAAAUGUGUUUGAAGUCAGCAAGGAUGUCUGGUUAUUGUUUGCUUUUUUUUUCUUUGCACAGGAAUCUGCAGUUUUUAAAAUGUUAUAUUGUUACCCUUGGCUUCCCUUAAACAAGCAAGCUUAAUUGGAUGUAAAUUUAUGGAUUUGUCAACUAGACCUUGUACAUAAGCACUAAUGGAAAAAAGGAAAGAAAUGACCACUUCUGGUACCAGGCAAGGCAUAUUUAGCUCUGUGAGCUUUCCUUUAUUUAUUAUAUUUUUUUCCUGGGGCGUAAAAGCCGUGAGUACCUUUCCGAUAAUUGUGCAUUGCUGUGUAGAGCAGCACUAGUGGAGCCCUGGCCUGCUGAUGGUAUCUGUGCUGUUGACAAUUGUCAUCAACCAGUGACAUAUUAGUUUUUCUCAAGUGCAGUUCAGUUGGUGCCUGCAAGUUUGCUCUUCAUUUAAGCUACUGUUGUCCACUUGUUUAUAAUUCCUGCUGUACUUUUGUAUUUAAUGAGAAUUUAAUUUAUUUAUUGACAUUGAGGCCUUUGUUGCCGGCUUUAUUUUCAUAUUCAACCUAGGUUUGUGGCCUUGUUGCCCAGUCAUCCGAAGAGAUGAAUCCAUUCUUUCUUUUCGCUCUGUUGAGCCUGUGCUGACACAUCACUUGGCAACUUCUUUCCGAAGCAUAUGCUGAAGGAAAAAAAACUAACAUUAAUUUAUGUUGGAGACUGAAAGAGCUGUGCAUUUCUUUUUUUCAAAUUGUUUUUAGAGGCACGACAUGCAGCCUCGUAUCAUUUCUAAUGCGUAGAACAGCAUAUUGGUUUUCUUUUUACAUGUAUGUUUGCACAGAAGGAUUCUCCCUUUAAACGGUUUGGCCAUCAGCCAUGGAGCUUCAUUGCAAUGUGUUCUUUGGGUUCACUUAUGACUGACUUGUAGUUGAGCUUUAUUGGCAGCAAUGAUGUGAUGCUAACAGUCAAUUGCAGUGAGUGCUUCAACUGAUCAUUUGUAUGUGGGGGAAUAGCAAGCAAAACGCAGUCUUCCACUAUCAUCCAUUUCUUGUCCCUUUCCAAAUCAUCUCAACUCGUUAUUUAAGACUCGCAUCGUAGACUUAGACUGUCAGAAAGGAUACAUUGUUCAAAGUAGUGACACACAAACCGAUGAAGUACACACACUACAAGAUCUCAACUCUGGUAAGAAUAGCUGGUGGGCACUGUCGCCAUGCUCUUAGCACUUAUUGUAACCACGGUGGCGAGGUCGUCGCUAUGAAAAAAAUACACGGGACUGCCGGUGGUUUCUCUACUGCCUUAAGCGUUUUUGUUAAAAACAAGUUGGAGCAGUUAUGUCUUGGGCUGUUGUUAGCGUCUCAGGUCAGAUAUUGUUCUCUGGACUGACUAUCUAAGGAGACUCGCGCGACGGGUGAGAAGAAUAAAAUAACUUAUUUAUAUGCUCUCUUGUUGAAAACUGUUCAAAUCGUUUGCCUGGUGCUGCCGAGCUGCAUGCAAUCCGGGACGUCCCAGUCAACUUCCUGUCGCUUCAAAAGUGAUAAGCAGCGCCACGGCUUCGUUUCAAUGGUGCUUGUGAUUAUACUUGGCGGUGCCUUUGGCAGAGCGUCGGCUAUCGAAGGGUUCCUGCAACGGACGAGGUUCGCCCCUUGACCGGCGUCGAUCCGUCGCGACGCUUCACGAGGGCGGCUUCUAUGGCUCCGGCAAAACUGAGUGAUUCAGGGAAACCUCAUCGGGUCUUGCUUCUCGAAUUUUCAAAGUUUCGUUAAUCCACGGCGUUUGAGGGGUGCGUUUGGAGCCUGUGGUGACAGUCGUGGCCAUUCCCGGCGCCGUUGCAGGAGCCACGUGCGUGGACGUCCAGCUCGCGCUGGUCUUGCAGUGCCAUUCCAAACGACUUGCAGCGGGGGAUCUCAGGUUUCGUGAAGGAGAACACUCUGUCCAGAAGCGAGACGCACUCGUUGUGAUAGGUGCGCCGUUUCCCCAGCCUGUCGGGCCGCCGACUGUCCGGGACGGCGAGUCGGGCCUUGUUGCGCCCGCUGGAAAGUGCAGUCAGUGAGUUCGCACCUAGAGUCGAGUGGCGCCUUUGAAAAUUGUGAUGCUUGAUGUGUGCUUGUUUGUCGCCGCCCUCGCGCUCUCUGCCGUAUAACCUCAAGACCGCAUCGUUCUCUUUUCUUUUUUUUUUACCGAAAGUGCCUUCCACGCGUCUUUUUUUCUUACUUGCAACGGACCAGACUGGAGGCGCAGAGCAGGCCGCGUACGCCAUUUUGUAUCUCUUCUCUCAUCCCAUAUGCCGCGCCGCCGCCGAGUAUUAUUGGCACUCGAGGACCAAUUGCGCGCACUGUCUCGUGUAGACAUUCCUGUCGAUGUGUGCCUUGUUCGCCCACUGCGACGCUUUGCGCUGUUUCAUACGGCGCACGCGAGAAUCGCCGGUUUCCAAGUGGCCUUAACAUUUGCAGUUCGAAGUACGAAUAAUAUAGUGCAUAGAUAUAUAUAUAUAUAUAUAUAUUUUGUACAAUAGCGAUACGAGAACGGAAAUUCUAUAUUGUUAGCCUUCCCGGCCUUCCCUCUUUUUUUUUUCGGUUAUAUGUGCACGUUUGCUGUUUGUCUUCCAGCAGUACGAAUAAUAUUGACAAGAAAUGCGACCAACUUAAAAAAAAAAAAUCAAGACUUCGUAUUCUGAAGAGAUUUGUCUUUUACUUAUGUGUGUGUGCUUGUGUCAUACCUUAAUGGAUUUUGAGAGAAACAAAUACAAGAUGUUUAAGUUAUUAAA